UUGUUCCAGCCCCUGGGGGUCUCUCCAUGUGCAAACAGUAUCUGCUCCUUACUGGGAAAGCAGAUCCAAGCAUGCAGAGGUGUUUAACUCUCCAAGGGCACUCCCCUUCCCUGGCUUAUCCACUGCCUUGGCCACUCUUGUGCAUUCGCCCUGUGGCACUUAGCAUCUCCAAAGCCUGUCACGGGUCCAAGCUAGACAUUUAGCUGGAGGUACCGUUCUGCAGAAGCUGCAGACACUUAUGCACAUGAGUAAUCGGUGAGUGAAGUGAGUCUGAACACAGAAACAUGAGUUAACAGAGAAGCCUCUUUGCAGGAUCACGGCUGUGCUGUGGUCAGCUUCCUUCUAGAGACCAUGACUCUUGCCGUUAACCAGAGGAUUUUAUAUUUCUAGAGCCUUGGUGUGUAAACUGUUCAAUGAAUGGCUGCACAUUGUUCUGUAUUACAAUUGUCGUACUGUCGAGAGGCCCCAUAGUGUUGGGGACUCUGCGCAUACAGAAUGAAAAGGGUGAUAAAUGCUGGGAAGAGCCAGCACAACGAGGAUCAAGCCUGCUGUGAGGUGGUGGUGGUGGACAGAAGAUGCAGUCCGAGGUGUAACCCAGUGCCCAAGGAAUGCACAGAGGAAGCGGAGGGGCAGGGCAGGAAGGACCUUUGCUUCCACUAUUGGGGCUUGUUUGACGGCCACGCUGGCAGCGGUGCCGCUGUCAUGGCAUCCAAGCUGCUUCACCUUCACAUCUGCGACCAGCUCAGGGACCUGGUGGAUAUCUUACAGGACUCCUCCCCUCCCCCGCUCUGCCUUCCGGGAAUUGCUCGGGAGCUCCCGGCUGAGCAGAACCGGGCCCCCCUCGCACAAGCGGAUGCGGAGCUCCCCAGCGAUGCCCUACCCCGAUUCCACCUGGAGAAGGCCGUCUCUCACGAAAGCCUGGUGAUCGGUGCGAUCGAGAACGCCUUCAAGCGGAUGGAUGAGCAGAUUGAGCGGGAGCGGAUGACCCGGCUCGUGGCAGGAGGCUGCUGUGCCCUGGCUGUGGUUUACCUGCUGGGGAAAGUCUACGUGGCAAACGCAGGCGACAGUAGGGCCAUUAUCAUCCGUAACGGGGAAAUCAUUCCAAUGUCCAGGGAAUUUACUCCAGAAACAGAGAGGCAGAGGCUACAGUUUUUAGGUUUUUUGAGACCUGAGCUGCUGGGGAAUGAGUUCACGCACCUUGAGUUUCCCCGGAGAAUUCAGCACAAGGAGCUGGGGAAGAAGAUGCUGUACAGAGACCAGAACAUGAACGGCUGGGCCUAUAAAAGGAUAGAAGAGGACGACCUGAAGUUUCCGCUUAUCUACGGAGAAGGCAAAAAGGUAAAGGAACUGCAGGCACGGGUGAUGGCCACAAUAGGGGUCACGCGGGGCUUAGGAGACCAUGACCUGAAGGUGUACAACUCCAAUAUCCACAUCAAGCCUUUCCUCUCCUGUGUCCCUGAGGUCAGAGUUUACGACCUGACACAGUACGAACACUGCCCUGACGACGUGCUGGUCCUGGGCACCGACGGGCUCUGGGACGUGACCAAUGACCGGGAGGUGGCUGACGUGGUCAAGGAAGUGCUGAUGGACUACGAGCCGAAUGACCCCUGCAGGUACACCGUGGCUGCCUACGAGCUGGUGGUGAGGUCCAGAGGGGUGCUGAAGGAGCGAGGCUGGCGGCUGCCCAAUGACAAGCUGGGUUCCGGAGACGACAUCUCUGUCUUCGUGAUUCCUCUGGGCGGCCCCGGCAAUUACACAUGAGGCCAAGCUGCCCCGGGGCGUGGCACUGCUACAGUUGGCAUGGGACCAGGACCUGGGGGGGCACAGGGGCCACCUGACCAGCUUCCUGCCUCUCCUACAAGAGGAGUAAGAAACCCUGGAACCUAGCCUGCCCCCGCGCCCCCUCUCCGCCUGCUGCUUCUCUGCCGCUGGGCAGAGCAUAGAGCCAUAGCAGCUAGUGAUGGAAAAGCUGGCUGGGGCCCUCGGGCUGGGGAGAGCAAGGGAGGACUGUUUUGAUACCAGCACCUAUAGCCAACCCUACCCAACCUGGUUCCCAUUGGAGGACUGCGUUCUUACUCAGCUCUCCAAGUGUCCUCUGCAGGGAUGGGAGAGAGCCCCCAGGACUGUGGUUGCUGGUUCUGGUAAUGUGAGAAUGGGGUGGAUUAGCGGAAGGGGCUGCAGUUCCCCACGCCUUGGGGAGUGAGUGCUGCCCUCUGCAAACCCUUCUUCCUCCCCUGUCGAGAUCUGCACCACCCACUGCUCCCACACGCCCGUGGGACAGGCGCCUGUCCAGUCCUCGUAACAACACUAGUGCCUAAUCGCCUGGCAUGCACAGUCCUGGCACUCGAUCUCUUGCUCGUAGCUAAGGUAACAGUCCUGCCAGAGAGAGCACUGGGAUGGAGCCAUGCUGUGGGUGGCUGUGACCAAGCACCCUUCCUUCAUGCUUGGCCUGCUGCUGGUCAUGCAGCCUUCAGUCCACUUACUGUGUCUUAGUCUCAGCUUUGUAACCUGGAGUAGGCACCCAGUUACCAUGGUGAUGGUCACUGUAUAAAUACUUAGAAAUAUAUGUAAGUGGGCUUCCCGUGAACUAGUACCACCCCUGCUAGUCCUCUGCGCCUUCCACCAGAACUGCUUUAGCACCCUGGGCCGAUGUUGAGUUCCCAGGUGCCAAAGGUGGGGAUUGGCUCAAUGAUUGUUUGUUGUUAAUUGAAGAGCUGGUCUGAAAAUUUCCAAAUUUAAAUGAAAACAACUGGGAUGAAACAUCCACUAACUUUCAUCCCAUUUUUCCACCAGCUGUAAUGAAUUUGGUGCUUAGUUCUGUUCAAAAUACAGACCAGGCCUCCCCCAAAGACCUUGCAACUUAAAUAUGCUGCAUCUAUGUGCUUAGCUGAGAGCCGAGGAUAAUUAAUAAGGUGUGUGUUUUUUCUAAAAAAAGCAAAUCACUUUCUUUCCUGUAUUAAUCUCAAAGCAGUGACCUGCUCUGCCCUGCUCUGCAGAAUGCUUGAUUUAGAAAAAGCAACACGGUCUGCAAACCUCUGAUCUGAGAUAUGAAUUUUCUGGGUCUCUGCAGAGUGUGAUGAAGGGUAGUAGCUAUAAAAUGCUGUCCCAGGGUAGCAAAUUCCCUCCGUUUCUGAAACACACUUUGGCAUUGACUAUUUCUCGUGUCCUGCUGCUGCCAGGAGCACGAAGUACUGUCAUGAUGUGUCACCUUCUGGUGAAUGUUGUUUGUAACUCGUAAUUUGUGAGAUGUAAAUAAACUGGGUACACUUA